AUGUCAAAAAAGUCACAUGCUUCAAAAGUUGCGCGGUACCCACAUUUCGCAAAUUUUUGCAAUUUUACUCAUUUUUUUUGCAAAGCAAAACUGGACAGAUUCACUCACUAGUCAUAACAUGAGUAAAAUGGGAACAAAUGGGAAGAGAUGAGUCUUAUUAGAGGAUCAACUGGACCUCUGGCCCUGAAUGAUUUGAAGAAUUGUACAGUACAGCUGCAAUUGUACAGCGUUGCUUCAAGAAUCUGUCUGUAUUGUUGCUAAACUGCAGCUCACACCACGCUUUUUAACCGUUGACAAUAUGCUGUAAAUUGCUGCAGUUGCAAUUCCAAAAUGCUACUGGAAUAAGAGUAAGGUAAGGAUGGUUAUUUGGCUCAGAAAAUCUUGCAUAACCCUAAUGCUUUCCUUUUUAGAAUGUGGGGAAUACUUGGUGUUGGCUUUGGAACAAAAUAAACUACAAAUUUUUAUGGUGAAAUUAGAUGUUUGUAAUGAGCCACAGACUGAAAGUGAAGAUUUCAACAUCCCAGAGGAGAUAGUUAAUGGGACAAACAAGAAGCUUUCUGAUUACCUUGAUACAUGCUUGGUCAGUUUAAAAAAAAAAAGAAACCUAAAUCAGGAGUUACCCAUUGGCCUCAUCUAUUUAUUUCCACGUGAUGAAGUUGACCUGGAACAGCGUUAUCCUGCUGGUCUGAUCACUACUGUUAAUGAUGCUGUUGCUAAAAUGAUGAGCUGCAGAUACAGAGAGCCUGCCUGUGAAGUUGACCUUAUUGUAGAUACUGGUGGCGUCUGUUACAUGGAAAGAGAAGGUAAUUGCAGGACAUGCGGGAAGGUUGAGUGGGGGACACUUGUCAAUGAUGGGGUGCUGAGCCACCUACAGACAGAAUAUAAUAAACAACUAGUCAGUGAUGCUCCGACUCCUAGCAAGCAAUGUUUUAACAAGAUGUCGACUCUCAGUCCCCAGCUGCACGGAGCAGGACUUGCUGCUGUCAUUGACUGGAUGUUAAAUGAGUGCCCUGCAAGAACAGGCAUUACAGUGGGUGUAAAUGGGCAACUGUACAAGACUGAUCCCAACUUCAGCCAGUGCUUCCAGAAGACUGUGGUGGACUUGUCUUUAGGUUGUCCUGUGACAUUUCAGGCACUAAGCUAUGGCCCUGAGAUAGGCACAGCCUUAGUGACUGCAGUAGAGAAAAGAAGAACAAAGAUAGAAAAGAUAGAGAAUUUACUGAAACCUUUGCAAAUGUCAGAGAAAAUCUUACAGGAAGUGCAGGCACGAAUGCGCCAGGAAAUGGAGAGGGGCCUAGAGAAAGAGACACAUCAAUGCGCCUUCCUCAAGAUGCUUCCUACUUAUAUUUGCUCCAAACCGACAGGAAACGAAACUGGAGAAUUUAUAGUACUGGAACUUGGAGGGAAAAAUAUGCACAUUGUCCAUGUCAGGAUAGGAGGCAGACCGGAAGAAGAGAGAUCACCUAUAAAGGAGACAUAUACUUUGCCACAAAACUUGAUGAAAGGAACAGGGGAAGAGCUUUUUGAUCACAUUGCAUCUUGCCUACUUGAUUUCCAAAAAGUCCAUAAUUUGGGAGGAAACAAGAUGUACCUAAGCUUUGUGUUCCCCUUUCCUUGCAAACAGACUGCCCUGAAUCAGGGUUGUCUUAUUAAAUGGACCAAAGGUUUUGCAGCAUCGGGCUGUGAAGAAAAAAACGUGGUGGAACUUCUAGAAAGAGCCAUAAAACAAAAAAGGGAGCUGAAUAUGACUGUAAUUGCUCUGGUCAAUGACACUACAAGCACCAUGAUGGCUGGUUGCUCUAAACAUAAUAGUUGUGAAAUUGGACUAAUUGUAGGUACAGGAACCAAUGCAUGUUACAUGGAGGAGACAAAGAACAUACAGAUGGAAAUGGAAAAUAUGUCAGGACAAAUGUGUGUUAAUAUGGAGUGGGGCGCCUUCGGGGACAAUGGGUGUUUGGAUGAUAUUAUCACUGACUUUGACCAGGAAGUGGAUGUAUCUUCAGUUAAUCCUGGGAAGCAAAGGUUUGAAAAGAUGAUCGGUGGAAUGUACCUGGGGCAGAUUGUUCAUCGGGUUCUCAUCGGCUUGGCUCAUAAUGACUUCUUAUUGAGUAACUUGGAACCAAGAGAAAACUUACUAGAACUUAAACACCUCUGCUUGAUUGAAGGGGAUAAACUCAGUUUGGUAGAAGUACGUUCAGUACUCUUGAAGUGUGGCCUUAACUGCGCGUUGGAUGAAGUAAAGAUGGUGAAGAUAGUGUGCCGCGCUGUGUCAACACGAGCUGCCCAGUUGUGUGCUGCAGGGGUUGCUGCUGUGGUGGAGAAGAUUAGAGAAAAUCGUGCCUUAGAUCAUCUUAAAAUAGCUGUUGGUGUCAAUGGACCUUUAUACGAGGAUCAUCCAAACUUUAAGGAUGAAAUGGAGAGCACUCUGAAGAAGCUUGCACCUUGCUGCACUGUUACAUUCGUGCAAUCAGACAGCAAGGGGAAGGGAGCAGCUCUCAUUUCCGCUGCAACCAUUAAUGCUCAAACAAAUCAGUCCACAAAAUGAUCUUGUGUCAACAAUCGAGGGAUGCAAAAUAGCUCCCAUUCUGCAGAUUACCAUGAUCAGAAAUAACACUUGAUGUGCAAACCUGCACAUCUUCUCAGGAUCUUCUGGCUUCAUUGAUCUGUUCUUUCAUCUCGACUUGUCACUCCAUGAGUGCCCCUUCUUUACAAUGGGUUUGGGUAGGGGAACAAAACCAUAAUUUUUUCCAACUGUUAUCUGUUCAAACCGGUGCCAAUAAAAAUAAGACCAGAGGGAUAAUCCAGUUGACCAAGGAAUGUCACUGCUAACUGCACUCAGUAAUGACCAGACUUUGAAUCCUACUGCCCAAGGACUAAACAUUUAGUUAUACCGAGUUUUUCCCUAUAUUUGGGUAGAUGUUAGCACUUAAAAUAUACUGUAAAUAUAAUUUUGCAUUGUGUGCUACAGAUUUACUUUAUUCUUGUAUACCAUGGGAUUUGCAUGUACAAAAUGUAACACUCUACAUGUAUAUGCUAGAAGUACAUGGCCUGCAUCCUUUGUAUAGCACUGAAAUACAUAACUAUAAAUAAAACAAAAGUUCAUAUAUUUCUUUGCAAUUGAAACCUUUAUAUUAAAUAGCA